AUGCCACCACUAUCAGAUAGUUUUCCCUCCCCAAACAACUCCAUCGAGAUUGUUACUGGGACUAUUGAUGAAUUCAUGGACAAGUUGCAAAUAACUUGGGCUGUCAACGCUGCAAAGGGGAUUGUCGAACUCAAGCCUGAUUCUCUGCUCUGCCGAGAGAUAGAGCUCGCACUCCUUCGUGUUAUCGGUCAAACUGUCUCCCCCGACAAAGUUUACGUCCGAAUCGGCAAUGAAUUAAACCUUUUCGAUCGGCCUGCCUAUCGCGCAGCUAAUCCUCUUUUCCACACUAUCUUGCUCUGCUGCUAUCAAAUGAUGCAAGGAUGGGCAGAUGAAGGAUGGUUUGAGAAUCUUCCAACGAUUGAACAGAGUUUGCGGGAUGUGGCUCACAUGGAUGCGAGAAGACCUGAUGGUGCAACUGGAAUGCCGACACUGAGGGAUCUUGAGGUAUAUCGAAGUCUGGAACACACAAUGUAUUCUGAUCAUUAUUUGAGAAUGCGUGUUGAUACCCAAGUCGAGAUAUUGGAGGGGAUUAUUGCGAGGAUGAAGGCUGUGGAGAGCAAUUCUCGAGCAAAAUGA